ACCACGUGCUUGUCCAUAGUUUGUGGAAGCUAGACGAGUACAGCAGCGUGGAGCUUGUCUGGAUUCGCAUAGGCUUAUCGAAGAUAAAAUUUCAAAUAUUAAAACAUUUCUAUGUGUGGUUCUGUCAGCCUUAUGCAUAAGAAGGACAAUGUCUAGGAAACCUGAGUUUAAAAUCAAUCAGAAAUUCGCGGAGAAAUAUGAGAAAUAUCGACAGAAAGAAGAAUUACAGAAACUGAAAGACCGCUAUGGAGAUGAAGUUGGUGACAGUGAAUCGGACUCGGAGUCAGAUGAGGACAGCGAAGUGGAGCUGGACCCCAGACUUGAGAGAGACUUUUACAGAACACUUUCAUUACUAAAGAAGAAGGACCCCAAGAUCUACCAGCAGGAUGCCAAAUUUUACACUGCUCAAGAGUCUUCAGGUGACAGUGAUGAUCAGCCCUCCACUUCAAAAAAGCAGGAGAAGCCCAUGUUUCUGAAAGACUACGAGCGGAAGGUCAUUCUGGAGAAGGGCGGUAAAUAUGAAGAUGAGGAUGAUGAGAGUGAUGAAGAGGCUGCCAAGAGGAUGGAGAGAGAUGCUUCCCCCAGCUACAUGCAGGAGCAGAGGGAGCUGAAAGAGAGCUUCCGGAAGUUUGUUCAUGACAGUGAUGAGGAGGGCAGCGAGGAAGAUGGGGGCUCACAGCUGCUGACGAGACGGAUGAAAACGCAGGAGGAGAAGGAUAAGGAGGAAGUGGAUUACAUGGAGUGGCUGAAAGGCCAGGCGGAGCUGGAGGGAGCGGAGGAGGUGCAGGACAUGACGUAUCUGAGGGAAUACUGGAACGACCCCCAGCUGGACGAGAGGGAGAGGUUCCUCAGGGACUACGUCCUCAACAAGGGAUACCUGGACGAGGAUGAGGAGGACAGGAUCCCCAGUUAUGAUGAAAUAGUACAGGAUGAGGUUGAGGACUCAGAGGAGGAGGGGGAGUCUUUCCUGGAGCGGCAAGAGGACUUUGAGAGGCACUACAAUUUCCGCUUUGAGGAACCAGAUGGCAGUCAGAUCAAGACAUACCCACGUACCAUCGCAACCUCCGUGCGUAGCAAAGACGAGCGAAGGAAGCAAAAAAGGGAGGAAGUACAGGAGAGAAAGAGAAAGGAGAAGGAGCAGAAGCAGACGCAGCUGAAGCAGCUGAAGAACCUGAAGCGCAACGAGAUCAUGGAGAAGCUGCGCAGGCUGCAGGACCUGACGGGCAACAAGCAGCUGGCCUUCGGAGAGGGGGACCUGCAGGGGGACUUCGACCCCCAGCAGCACGAGCAGCUCAUGCAGAAGUUCUUUGGGGAUGAGUACUACGGGCAGGAGGAGGAGGAGAAGCCCCAGUUUGAUGACGAGGAGGAGGAUUUGGAUGGACAGUGGAACUGGGACACAUGGACAGGGGAGGGAGAUGAGGGUGAAGAGGAGGAAGGAGAGGAAGAAGAGUACGAGAGCCACCAGCCCAACUGUGAAGAUCCGGACUUCAUUAUGGAUGCAGACUAUGACCCCAGUCAACAGCCCACCUCGUCCAAAAAGAAGAAGAAAAGGGAGAAGGAGGAGAGGAGGAAGAAGAUGAGGAAGGAGGAUGCCCCUCUAAUGGGGAAGAAGAGGAAGAAGUCUCACUUUACAGAGGUCAUCUCUCAGAGCAAGCCUGUCUUUGAUCCCCAGGAGAAGAGCUUCGAGCAGUACCUGGACGAGUACUACAGGCUGGACUACGAGGACAUCAUCGACGACCUGCCCUGCAGGUUCCGGUACAGGCCGGUCCUGCCCAACGACUUCGGCCUGUCCACGGAGGAGAUCUUGGGCGCGGAUGAGAAGGAGCUGAAUCGCUGGUGCUCGCUGAGGAAGACGUGCAUGUUCAGAUCUGAGAAGGAGGAAAUGAGUGACCUUAAGAACUACAAGAUUAAGGCGGCUAAUGAGAAGAGGAAGAAGGAGAUUCUCAACUCCCUCUAUGCAGGAGAGGGAGAAGAAGAAGAAGAAGAAGCUGUGGCCAAGAACAAAGUCAGGAAGAAGAGGAGAGACCGAUUGAAGAGGAAGGAAGGACAGAGGGAGGAGAAGGACAAGGAGGUGGCAGACCCGGGGGUGGUUGCGGACUCUGUGGAGGGCAAGCUGAUCGAGUCCCUGCAAGACGGUGGGGGUGAGGGAGAGGAGGCCGAGGAGUUCUUGGUCCCGAGGAAGAAGCUGAAGGAGAGCACGGAGGCCUCCGAAGAGGUGGAAGGCGUCAAAGGCGUCCGACCCAAAGAAAGCGCCAAGUGGCCCAAGAAGAGACGCAGGCACCUGGGAGGACGCCUGCUGUCGGGGUCCUUCAGGGUGAAGAUGGGCGGCCGGGAGUUCAGCGGGCACAGACUGAAGGCCUACGGGCUCAAUCCCAAACGGCUGCGUCACAGGCAGCUCGGCCGGCAAAAGAGGAAAGAGCAGGAGAGGAGGGAGAAAGGGAGGGCCAAAGACUGAGACGGGGGGGGGGG